UUGGACCCUGGACGUUUUUUGCACGGGGAGCCCCAGGCCCCCCAAAGCCUUGCUGCUCACCUGGAUAACCAGGUUCCAGAUGAGAGCCCCAGAGCCACUUUCUGCACCAGUGAGGAUGACCCGGCCAGGCACGGGGAGCAGCAUGAGGGCCGGCACUACCGCAUUCCCCUCCAGGACCUCAGGACGGUCUUCCCCCACGGCCUGCCUCCUCGCUUCGGCAUGCAGGUGAGGACAUUCAACGAAGCUUGCCUGAUGGUGAGGAAGCCAGCCCUAGAGCUUCUGCGUUACCUGAAAAACACCAAUUUUGCUCACCCAGCUGUGCGGUAUGUUCUCUGUGCUUUAGAUGGGGAGACGGGGACAGGAAAAACCCUCAGUCUUUGCCAUGUUAUUCAUUUCUGUGCAAAACAGGACUGGCUGAUUCUGCACAUUCCAGAUGCUCAUCUUUGGGUGAAGAAUUGCCGGGGUCUCCUGCAGUCGGCCUAUAACAAGCUGCGCUUCGACCAACCUGUAGAGGCUUCGAGCUGGCUGAAGGACUUCCAAACUGCGAAUGAGCGUUUCUUGAGUCAGAUAAAAGUUCAGGAGAAGUACGUCUGGAAUAAGCGAGAAAGCACUGAGAAAGGCCGUCCUCUGGGAGAAGUGGUUGAACAGGGCCUGACGCGGGUGAAGAAUGCCACGGAUGCCGUUGGGAUCGUUCUCAAAGAGCUCAAGCGUCAGAGCGGUUCGGGGGCAUUCCGCCUCCUGGUGGCGGUGGAUGGCGUCAAUGCUCUCUGGGGAAGGACCACGCUGAGGAGAGAAGAUAAGAGCCUGAUGGCCCCCGAGGAGCUGGCACUCGUGCACGGCUUGAGGAAGAUGGUGAGAAACGACUGGCACGGAGGCGCCAUUGUGUUGACACUGAGCCAGACUGGGUCCCUCUUUAAACCGCGGAAGGCCUAUCUGCCCCAGGAGCUGCUGGGAAAGGUCCGAUCAUCAGAAAAUCUGGUUCCCCUUAGAUGGUCAUUCUGUCUGAAGAGGUUUUUUUGUUACUUGUUUUUUUUUAAGACAUAAUUAUAGACUUGGAGAAAAAUCGUAUUCCUGUAUGAUUUCAUCCAGAUUCCUGAAGUGUUAACGCUUUUCUAUAUUGGCUUUAUUCUUUUCCAUCUACUUUUUUCCCUGAAUUAUGUGACAAUUACCUGAGACAUGCUGCCUGCUUCUAAAUAAUGUGUAUUUCCUAAAAUCGAAGACAUUCUAAAUAUAUAACCACAGCAGAAUUAUCAAAAUCAGGGAGCUGGCAUCGAAUAGAAUUCUGGGAACUUAUCUUGAGAACGGGCUGUGAUCUUUCCAGGUCUCCUAGUGUCCUUCACAGAAACAGUCCUGGAUCACACGUCCCAUUUGAUUGUCCUGGUUCUUCGGUCCCUUCACUCUGGGACAGCACCUCGGUCUUUGUCUCUUACAACCUUUUGAAGAGUACGUGCCAGUCGUGGGUGCUUUUGUGGGUCGUCCAGUGACUUCUCCAGAUGGUGUCUCUCCUAGCAGCCGCCACAGUGAAGUCUGAACACUUGGUUCAGGUGCCGUCCAUCUGCUGUGUCCUCGGUAAAGUCACUGUGGAGGCUCACGCUGAGGCUGCGUAACUAUCCUGUUACUCCUCACAUGCCCCUUACUGGUCGGAGCGUCCAUCUGUGAUUCUUCCCUAAACCUGGCUGUGAUACUUGCAGAAUGGUAUUUUCCAGCUCCCUCACUUCUGCGUGUAUGUCGGUUGGCAUUGUUACAUGUGAGAACGUUCCUGCCCCUUACAGUUAACUUGUUUCAUUGUGGACACGCAGACUCCUCUUUCAUGAGUUCUAAACCUUUACUAUCGAUCUCUGUUUUGGUGCUGAAAUUAUUCCAGAUUUGGCCAGCAGACGCCCCUGCGAACUGGCUUGUGUCCUCUUCACACGCCCCCAUCAUUCUUUUUUUUUUUUUU